CUCAUGUUUUACGUUAAAAAGAUAUUGUUAAAUUUAAAUAUUAAAUUUUCGUCCAUAUAUAUUUUGGAAUAUGGUGGUAUCAGGGAGGUGACUGAGGAGUACACAAAUCAUAUGAAGAGGCUGACGGAGAAGAUUCUUGGUUGGCUCUCAGAGGGACUAGGGUUACCGCGUGUGGCGUUGACGCAAAGUAUGGGUGGCGAUACGGCUGAGUAUGUGCUUAGGAUCAAUUUCUAUCCGCCAACUCAACAUUCGGAAUUAACCAUAGGAGCUGCGGCGCAUAGUGAUAUGGGUGCUAUCGCACUCCUUGUACCCAGUGAGGUUCCUGGACUUCAAGCCUUCAAGGACGAACAAUGGUAUGACCUUAAUUACGUCAACUCUGCCGUUGUUGUUAUCAUCGGCGAUCAACUCAUGAGGAUGACCAACGGGAGGUUCAAGAACGUGUUUCAUAGAGCAAAGACGGAUAGGGAAAGAUUGAGGAUUUCUUGGCCUGUUUUUGUUGCGCCUAGGGAUGAUAUGUCCGUCGGACCUUUGCCGGAGCUUACCGGAGACGAGAAUCCUCCCAAAUUCGAGACUCUAAUAUAUAAAGAUUAUAUUGACCAGAAGAUAAAAGGUUGGGCGCUCGAAGAUCUUCCAGUCUACUGAGAACCCUCAAAACCACGAAACAAAUUGAGUAUCAUCCAACGAUGUCAUAAUAAAGGAUGAUAUAUUGUUUCAAAUGAUAAUAUCAAUGUGUUCAAGACUUUUGAGUUACGUUUUUAUUCACAGACUAGUGUUUGAUAAUUGCUCUUUCUUCCUUUGGAGUUUCUAUAAAUGCAAUAUAUGAUAAUAUGGUUUGAGGGUUUCUAAUAUAAAUCCGAUCCGUGUUCGUUAA